GACUCGCGUCGUGAAAUCAUGAAAUCGUAUAAUACGUACCAUCUAGCACUAUGCUAACGGUAGCUGGCUUUGGUAAAGCAAAUUCCACGCGAUUUAUGGACAAUUCUUCGAUGAGUACGCGCACCAAUGAUCUCAUGACAUCACGCGAGAGCGCGUCUUGCUCAUCGCCACCACUCCUAGAACCUCCCGCCGUUAGACGAUGGCAACAUGGCGACUACUACCGCACAGGGAACAAUAUCAACUAGCAAUUAUGGCUCGGAUAUCGACCUUCACUCGACGAGUGACUACGGGUCGGACGUGGACCUCGAGGAUAUCGACAAUACUAUACUUGCAGUCUCUCUAGGCACGAUACAAGAGGGUAGACAUACCGAGAAGAGCGUGGUAUUGCCAAGCGUUGAGUUUGAAGAGGGAGAACGCGAAGACGAAGAGCAGGAUGUCGAUGGCUUUGUGCAGAUUCACAAGCCCGCCGUGCUACGCGUGGCGAAGGGCAAGCAGAGAAGCAGUGGGGUUGUGGACACGCAGAGAGACUUCCAGAGUUCGCCCAUGCGAGAGCGUGCGCUGGAAGUCGAGUACGACGAGCGAUCGCGACGAGCUUGGAGUGUUCCUCUUGAAGAACCGCCCUCUCCGUCUGCUAGAGCCCCGCGCUCUCGUUCCAAAUCCAAAACACCACGGGCUAGUCGUAAGCUGUCUAUACCUGAAGUGGUAGACGCUGCUCAGAAUGACGCUCGCCCACCGCUCGAGCGCUUCCGAACCAAACCCAAGAAGUGCCUCUCAGUGACCGAUCUCAUAUCGCCAGCAUGGUGCGAGCUACAAUACUUCUACACGCUCAGCACGUUUGGACGCAAACCGCGGACCCAGGCUAUGAAGACGGGCUCAAAGAUACACAAAACGCUCGAGGACCAAGUUCACACUACCGUACCCGUGCAAGUAGCAAGCAACGAAGACAAAUUCGGCCUGCGCAUCUGGAAUGCUAUAUCUGGACUCCGCUGUCUGCGCGAAACAGGGCUUACACGCGAGCUGGAAGUCUGGGGCGUCCUUGAAGGCCAAGUCGUGAACGGCGUCAUUGACGAGCUAUCCUACAACUGUCCAGAUCCCGCUUUCGAAGCACAGCUUGAGAAAUCGCGCGCAGAAAAGAGUGGGGGUACAGUGCCCUUGCCACCAGGCCAACUCAGCAUUUCGCAAGCCUUCGCCAACGCAUCGCAACCAAACAGCACGGAAGAGCAGAUGGACGACUCGCCCACGGAUCGCCAAAUCUACAUCGCUGAUGUGAAAACACGAUCCGCUCCCUCUCUCCCCACAGGCGCGUCUCUACGCCCAACAUGGAUGCAACUCAUGCUCUACCGCAAACUCCUCUAUUCGCUCUCUCUCAACACCGUCGACGCAGAGACAAUCUUCGCGCGCUACGACCUGCGCCCCCUGGAAUCCUUCACACCCACAUUCAUCGACUCAAUCGCCGACAUUGGACCCACCACCGAAGCCACCUCCUUCCCAAACCUGCUCUCUUUGUGGUCUCUUCUCAUUACGGAAAUCCAGACCACGCUCCCGCCCUUCAGUCUCUCCCCAAUUCUGCGCGCAGAGUUCCGCUUUGCGAAGACGGGGGAUGUGCUGGGUUCUGAAUUGACCGUGUACGAGGAUGAGAUCAUCGAUGGAUACGUGGGCGAGGAAAUGGCGUUUUGGAAGGGCACGAGGGAGCCCAAGGGCGUCGAGAUCGAGGAUGCGUUUAAGUGCCGGAUCUGUGACUUUGCUGAGAGUUGUGGGUGGCGGCAAGCGAAGGUCGAGGAGGCGACGGAGAAGAGUCGGUUGAGGAGGAGUUUGAAGGAGAGGAGCGCUGUUUGA